AAACAAUAAAAAAAAGCAUAACCUGUGAGUUCUUAUUCCUUGAAUUUUUUUUUUAUAGAUUUCUUUUAGUUUUGUAUCAUCACAAAUUUCCUUUUAUUUGUUAAAAAUUUUCAAUUUUUACUAAUAGAAUCUCUUACAAUGACUGUUUAAUAAUUAAACUAUGUAUAUUAAUUAAAUGAGAACAAAAUAUGGAUAUUAAUAACAAGAAGAAAUAUUAUUCUGAUGUAAAAAAUGUGAAACAAUGGUUUUAUUCUACAAAAGAAAGAUGCGACUCUUUAAAAUCUCACAUGAAGUACAUGAAAAUGUUAUAUCACGAUAUGCCAAAAAUACAAGAAACUCAAAAGACUUUACGUGAUUUGAAUUGGCAAGAUUCUAAAAUUAAGGUUUCUAAUAACGAUCAAAAUGUAAUUUCCACACAAACGGAUUGUAAUAAUAAUAUGAUCUAUAAAGAUGAACCUUUUGUAACUUCAAACUUAGCAAAUGUUAUAUCAAAUAGUGACUUACAACAGAAACAUGAAGAAAAACAAGGAGACUUGAAUAAACAAGAAGGAAUAGAAAUUGAAUUGUCGUCGAUUACACCUCUUACUUCCAUUGUCCCACAGAACACAGAUAUUGAAUCAAGAUCAUUAUUACCAUUUCAGAAAGAGAACAUGGUACAGUGUGACGAACACAAUCACAAUUGGAAAUUUCCAUAUCAAAAGCAUUUAACAGAAUAUUCUACAGAAUUAAUAGAAAAUAACGAAAGUUCGAACAAAUCCUUUGAACAAUUAAUUCUGGAUAAUCAGAAUGGUUAUUUAUUUCAAGAACCAUCUCCUAUGAAAGAUAUUAAAUUAAAUAUUUCUCACGAUGUUAAAGAUAAAAACAUGGACAAAAAUAAAUUCUCUGCAAAGAAUGAGAAAAAAGAAAGAGCAAUUUCUUCGGCAUUAUCAAGCAAGAAAGGUUCCUCGUCUAAAUUAGAUGACAUUGUUUCAGUGAAAAUUAAAAAACGGAGAAGAAAAAUACAUUGCUCUAACUCACGGAGUACCGUGACCACAAGAGAUACAACUUUUCUAGGAAAAAAGGACACAAAAAGACGAAAACAAAAAAAUAAUAUAAAUAGUCGUCAUACAUUCAAGUCUCAACAAACAUCUAACGAAGUAGUGGAAAUUUAUCAUAAUGCAGCAGCAAAGAGUGGUAGCACAUCUGCUAUUCCUAGUAAACAUUCAAAACUUGAACAUCAUAUGAAUUAUAUUAACAUAUUAACAUCUUCAGCUAUGAAUAAACAACAAAGCACACCCAAAAAGUCAAAAUGUGAAGAUAACAAUUACCAAGAUGUUUGCAAUGCUGAUAUAAAUAAUCCUAAAAAUGAUUCCCAGAAAUAUCAAAUUGGUCAGAAAACAAUAGGAAGAAAUACAAUUAUUAAUGAUCUAAAUAAUGAUUUAAAAGUAUCAACCAUUCCUGUAUGUACCAUGGAGAACUAUAAUUCACAUCAAUGUCAACAUACAAUUAUGCAAGCAUCAUAUUUCGAUCCGAUAGUUACUCAUAAUUAUGAAAUGCCAACUUUAGCUUCAAAAUUGAAGCGAGCUAAUCGUUCAUAUUUUGGUAGAUUCAACUUUCGAAAUAUACCUUUUGUAGUUGGCACUUCUAUAACUCCAAGUCACAAUUUAGGUUUAAAUAUACAGCAAGUUCUGAGCAUUAUGAAAACAAGGCAGAUUUCUGCAACAGGAGCUACACCUCUUCUUAUUCGUAAAAUUAGCAGAGGUAUGAAGCCUGCGUCUAUUCUCAUAGAACAAAUAAAUGAUCAGCAGAGUAAACUGCCUCACAUGAAUUCCCGAAUGGAUGAUAUGCAUGCACAGAAAGAAAAUUUAUUUAUGAAUAAAGGUGAUCGUUUAUUAGAAAAUGAAAAUAUGCUUUUAAAAUAUAAUAGAAAAGGAAUGAGUAAUUUAGAUGUGAAUUCAAAAUCGACCAUUGAACAAUAUCAAAGUCUACCAAAAGAAAUUAGCAACAACGAAAAUAAAUAUGAGGACCACAAAAAAAAGGAUACUAGAUCUGAGAAUCAAUUGAGUAGAUUGAAUACAGCACAAGUAUUACGUGCAACAAACAAUAAAAUGUUGAAAUUGUUUGCUUCUCAACAAAAUGUAAAUGCAAAGAUAGGAAACUCACAAAUGCAACCCAAAACAUAUCAGGACAAUAUUUGUAAUGAACACAUUUCUAACACAUCAACAGUUAAUUAUUCUCAAAACUCCAAAGGUAUACGGGAAGUUCUCAUUAAUCUCCAUGAUCAAUUCGAAGAAAUGAACAUGAAAUAUGAAAGAUUACAAGCAAAAGCAAAAAAAUACAGUGAUAAAGAUUUAGAACAAGAAGUGCUACAUUUAGAAAAAGAAUUAAGUAUUAAAGAAGACGAGAUAAAUGCUGUUGUUAAUUUAUAUAAAGAGGUAAUGGCAUUAAAACAGGAAAUGAGAUUAUUGCAAAAAAGAGACAGUUAUGUUUGUAUAUCAACUGAAAUUCCAUUGAGGACAGAUAAAAUGUAUGCAGCUAUGCCAUUUAUGUCAACUAGAUCUAAUGGAUCUAAUUUUCAGCAAAGAUCUAUUCAUAGAAAGGGAAAUAGCGUUAUCGCAAAGGAACCUAUUUCUUUUCGUCUUGCCGGUCUCUUACGGCAAAUCCAAACAUUUCAAAACCAAUUGAAGCUAACAUCAUAA